AUGCAGCGAUUGGUCUGCGUUUUAGUAAAGUGGAAGAGGGAUGAACAAUUUCGUAGCGUCUAUUUCUUUCCGUGUUGUUCCAUCACAUGUUGUCGUCGUUGUCUUCAACGGUUACGCACUGAUUGCUACUGGAUAGUUGUUUACAAUCUCAAUUUCCUGUCUAAGUCUAGCGAAAAGAAAAACGAAUUAAUUAAUUGGCAUAUGUUAAUUGAUUGGGCCAUAACAAGCUUCGAUAGGUCGAACAAAGUUCUGGAAAUCGUUUAA